GAGGUGAUCUGAACGGGGGGGAGAGGAUUUUUGUGUGUGGUGAAGGGGGGUUGUUCCCCCCCUUCUCUCUGUGUGUGUGUCCCUGCCCCCCCCCCCCCCCAGCACCACCAUGGCUUCCCCUCUGAGGGAGGACGAGGAAGAGGAGGAGGAGAUGGUGGUGUCUGAGGUGGAGGGGGAUGAAGAAGAAGAGGAGGAAGAGGAGGAGGAAGAAGGAGCAGGGGACAACAGCCCAGGCGACAUAUUCCCGCCUGCUGCUGCUCCACUGGCACCAGCACCAGCAGCAUCAACUCCACCAGCAGCGGCUCCUCCAGACGAAGAAGAUGGGGAUCUCAGGAACCAGGAGAGCGCCCUGGGCGUCAAGAAGAAGAAAAGGGGUCCCCGCAAACAGAAGGAGAACAAGCCGGGGAAGCCCCGGAAGCGCAAAAAAUUAGUGAGCGAGGAUGAGUUUGAGUCGGACCGGGAGGAGUUCCGGGAGAAGUCGGAGAGCGGGAGCAGCGACUAUGGAGGGGUGGCCAAGAAGAAGCGGCGGAAGCACCGGGAGAAGAAGGAGAAAAAGACCAAACGCCGGAAAAAGGUGGAUGGUGAUGCAGGCCAGAAACAGGUGGAGCAGAAGUCCUCGGCCCAGCUGCUCAUGACCUGGGGGCUGGAAGACGUGGACCACGUGUUCUCCGAGGAGGAUUAUCACACGCUCACCAACUACAAAGCCUUCAGCCAGUUCAUGAGGCCUCUCAUUGCCAAAAAGAACCCCAAGAUCCCCAUGUCCAAGAUGAUGACCAUCCUGGGCGCCAAGUGGCGGGAGUUCAGCGCCAACAACCCCUUCAAGGGCUCGGCAGCGGCUGUGGCGGCAGCGGCAGCGGCGGCAGCUGCUGCCGUGGCCGAGCAGGUGUCGGCCGCCGUCUCGGCCGUGGCUACCGAGCCGCAACCCGCUCCCAUCCGCAAAGCCAAAACCAAAGAAGGGAAAGGGCCGGGUCACAAAAGGCGGAGCAAGAGCCCUCGCGUGCCGGAGAUGAAGAGGAAGAUGAAGGGGAAGAGGAUGGCUCCCCUGAAGAUCAAGCUGGGCAUGAUCGGGGGGAAGCGGAAGAAGAGUAGCUCUCAUGUGUUUCAGAGCGACGAGGUGGGCGAGAUGGAGGAGGAGUCUGACGUCGACAACUCCAGCGUCCACAGCUCCUCAGUGCGCUCCGACAGCUCGGGGCGGGUCAAGAAACUCAAGCGGGGCCGGCCUGGCCGGAAAAGGAAGAAGGUUCUCCUGUGUCCCGUGCCGGGCGAGGAGGAGGUUGACGGCUACGAGACGGACCACCAGGACUACUGCGAGGUGUGCCAACAGGGCGGCGAGAUCAUCCUCUGCGACACCUGUCCCAGGGCCUACCACCUGGUGUGUCUGGACCCCGAACUCGACAAGGCGCCCGAGGGCAAAUGGAGUUGUCCCCACUGCGAGAAGGAGGGGGUGCAGUGGGAAGCUAAGGAGGAAGACGAGGAGUACGAGGAAGAGCUGGAGGAGGAAGGCGAGAAGGAGGAGGAGGACGACCACAUGGAGUACUGCCGGGUCUGCAAGGACGGCGGGGAGCUGUUGUGCUGUGACGCCUGCAUCUCCUCCUACCACAUCCACUGCCUCAACCCGCCGCUGCCUGAGAUCCCCAACGGCGAAUGGCUCUGCCCUCGCUGCACGUGCCCCGUGCUGAAGGGCCGGGUCCAGAAGAUCCUGCACUGGCGCUGGGGGGAGCCGCCCCCGCCCGUGCUGGUGCCCCGGCUGCCCGACGCCGCCCCGGACGAGCCCUCACCCAAGGCGCUGCAGGGGCGCUCGGAGCGGGAGUUCUUCGUCAAGUGGGUUGGCCAGUCGUACUGGCACUGCUCCUGGGCCAAGGAGCUGCAGCUGGAGAUCUUCCACCUGGUGAUGUACCGCAACUACCAGCGCAAGAACGACAUGGACGAGCCGCCCCCGCUGGACUACGGCUCCGGCGAGGACGACGGCAAGAGCGAGAAGCGGAAGAGCAAAGACCCGCUCUACGCCCAGAUGGAGGAACGCUUCUACCGCUACGGCAUCAAGCCCGAGUGGAUGGCCAUUCACCGCAUCAUCAACCACAGCAUCGACAAGAAGGGGAACUACCACUACCUGGUGAAGUGGCGCGACCUGCCCUAUGACCAGUCCACGUGGGAGGAGGACGAGAUGGCCAUCCCCGACUUUGACUUCCACAAGCACGCCUACUGGAGACACAGGGAGCUGAUCAUGGGCGAGGACCCGGCCCAGCCCCGCAGGUACAAGAAGAAGAAGAAGGAGAUGCCGUCGGAGGGCCCCCCGAACUCCCCCACCAACGACCCCACGGUGAAGUACGAGACCCAGCCACGGUUCAUCACCUCCACAGGUGGGACCCUGCACAUGUACCAGCUGGAGGGGCUCAACUGGCUGCGCUUCUCCUGGGCCCAGGGCACCGACACCAUCCUGGCCGACGAGAUGGGCCUCGGCAAGACCAUCCAGACCAUUGUCUUCCUCUACUCCCUUUACAAGGAGGGUCACACCAAAGGCCCCUUCCUGGUCAGCGCCCCACUCUCCACCAUCAUCAACUGGGAGCGGGAGUUCCAGAUGUGGGCGCCCAAGUUCUACGUGGUGACGUACACGGGCGACAAGGACAGCCGCUCCAUCAUCCGUGAGAACGAGUUCUCCUUCGAGGACAACGCCAUGAAGGGCGGGAAGAAGGCUUUCAAGAUGAAGAGGGAAGCUCAGGUGAAGUUCCACGUGCUGCUCACGUCCUACGAGCUGGUCACCAUUGACCAGGCGGCGCUGGGCUCCAUCCGCUGGGCCUGCCUGGUGGUGGACGAGGCUCAUCGGCUGAAGAACAACCAGUCCAAGUUCUUCAGGGUGCUGAACGGUUACAAGAUCGACCACAAGCUGCUGCUGACGGGGACGCCGCUGCAGAACAACCUGGAGGAGCUUUUCCACCUGCUCAACUUCCUCACGCCGGAGCGCUUCAAUAACCUGGAGGGCUUCCUGGAGGAGUUUGCCGACAUCUCCAAGGAAGACCAGAUCAAGAAGCUGCACGACCUGCUGGGCCCUCACAUGCUCCGGCGCCUCAAGGCCGACGUCUUCAAGAACAUGCCGGCCAAGACGGAGCUGAUCGUGCGUGUGGAGCUGAGCCCCAUGCAGAAGAAAUACUACAAAUACAUCCUGACCCGCAACUUCGAGGCCCUCAACUCCCGGGGGGGCGGAAACCAGGUCUCACUGCUCAACAUCAUGAUGGACCUCAAGAAGUGCUGCAACCAUCCCUACCUCUUCCCCGUGGCUGCGAUGGAAUCCCCCAAGCUGCCCAGCGGUGCCUACGAGGGCGGGGCCCUCAUCAAAUCCUCCGGCAAGCUGAUGCUACUCCAGAAGAUGCUGCGGAAGCUGAAGGAGCAGGGGCACCGGGUGCUAAUCUUCUCACAGAUGACGAAAAUGCUGGACCUGCUGGAGGAUUUCCUGGACUACGAAGGCUACAAGUAUGAGCGGAUCGACGGUGGGAUCACUGGGACGUUGCGGCAAGAGGCCAUCGACAGAUUCAAUGCUCCCGGCGCUCAGCAGUUCUGCUUCCUGCUCUCCACCCGGGCGGGGGGCUUGGGCAUCAACCUGGCCACCGCCGACACAGUGGUGAUCUUCGAUUCGGACUGGAACCCCCACAACGACAUCCAGGCCUUCAGCCGGGCUCACCGCAUCGGCCAGGCCAACAAGGUAAUGAUCUACCGGUUCGUGACGCGGGCCUCGGUGGAGGAGCGGAUCACGCAGGUGGCCAAGCGGAAGAUGAUGCUGACCCACCUCGUGGUGCGCCCGGGGCUGGGCUCCAAGGCCGGCAGCAUGUCCAAGCAGGAGCUGGACGACAUCCUGAAAUUCGGCACUGAGGAGCUCUUCAAGGACGAGAACGAGGGGGAGAACAAGGAAGAGGACAGCAGCGUGAUCCACUACGACAAUGAGGCCAUCGCCCGGCUGCUCGACCGCAACCAGGACGCCACUGACGACGCCGACGUGCAGAACAUGAACGAGUAUCUCAGCUCCUUCAAGGUGGCCCAGUACGUGGUGCGGGAGGAGGACAAGAUCGAGGAGAUCGAGCGGGAGAUCAUUAAGCAGGAGGAGAACGUGGACCCCGACUACUGGGAGAAGCUCCUGCGCCAUCACUACGAGCAGCAGCAGGAGGACCUGGCCCGCAACCUGGGGAAGGGCAAACGGGUCCGGAAACAGGUCAACUACAACGAUGCCGCGCAGGAGGACCAAGACAAUCAGUCCGAGUACUCGGUGGGAUCGGAAGAGGAAGACGAAGACUUCGACGAGAGGCCGGAAGGACGGCGCCAGUCCAAACGCCAGCUCCGCAACGAGAAAGACAAACCUCUGCCACCCCUGCUGGCGCGAGUCGGGGGCAACAUUGAGGUGCUGGGGUUCAACACGCGCCAGCGCAAGGCCUUCCUGAACGCCGUCAUGCGCUGGGGGAUGCCGCCCCAGGACGCCUUCACCACCCAGUGGCUGGUCCGGGACCUGCGAGGCAAAACAGAGAAGGAGUUCAAGGCCUACGUCUCCCUCUUCAUGAGGCACCUGUGCGAGCCCGGGGCGGACGGCUCGGAGACCUUCGCCGACGGCGUGCCCAGGGAGGGGCUGUCCCGGCAGCAGGUCCUGACGCGCAUCGGCGUCAUGUCGCUGGUGAAGAAGAAGGUGCAGGAGUUCGAGCACAUCAACGGGCGGUGGAGCAUGCCCGAGCUCAUGCCUGACCCCAGCGCCGACUCCAAGCGCUCGUCCCGCGCCUCCUCGCCAACCAUCAAGACCUCCACCACCACCCCCGAGCCCAGCUGCACCAACACGCCCUGCACCUCCAAGCCAGCCACGCCAGCCCCCAGCGAGCGCGGGGACGGGAUGGGGCCACUGCCCGAGAAGGAGGAGCCAGAGAGCAAGGAGCCGGAAAAGGAACCGAAAAGCAGCGAGCGGAUGGAGACGGAGGUUGGUCAGCCAACACCCACCACCUCCCCCGGGGAGAAGAGCGAGCCGAAAGCGGACGAGGAAGAGCCCAUGGUGCCGGGGGAGAAGGAGCCGGAGGCAGAGCCAUUGGUCAAGGAGGAGAAGGAGAAGUCAGGUAACGCCCAGACGGUGGCGGAGAAGGCCGAGGAGAGACCUGCUGACAGCGAUGAGCCCAAGGAGAAGGGGGAUGGGGAAGGGUCGGAGGUGAAGAAAGAAGAGGUGAAGGUGGAGAAGGAAGCCGGCAAGGAGCCCAAGCCGGGCAGCAUCAAGGAGGAGAGCAAGGCCAACGGGCGGAAGGAAGACAAGGCCGACAAGCCUCGGUUCAUGUUCAACAUCGCGGACGGCGGCUUCACAGAGCUGCACACGCUGUGGCAGAACGAGGAGCGGGCGGCCAUCUCCUCCGGGAAGCUGAAUGAGAUCUGGCACCGUCGCCACGACUACUGGCUACUGGCUGGCAUCGUGCUGCACGGCUACGCCCGCUGGCAGGACAUCCAGAACGACGCCCAGUUCACCAUCAUCAACGAGCCCUUCAAAACUGAGGCCAACAAGGGGAAUUUCCUGGAGAUGAAGAACAAGUUCCUGGCCAGGAGGUUCAAGCUCCUGGAGCAGGCGCUGGUGAUCGAGGAGCAGCUGCGCCGAGCCGCCUACCUGAACAUGACCCAGGACCCCAGCCACCCGGCCAUGGCGCUCAACACCCGCUUUGCCGAGGUCGAGUGUCUGGCCGAGAGCCACCAGCACUUGUCCAAGGAGUCCCUGGCUGGCAACAAGCCUGCCAACGCCGUACUUCACAAGGUGCUCAACCAGCUGGAGGAGCUGCUGAGCGACAUGAAGGCCGACGUGACGCGCCUGCCGGCCACGCUGUCCCGCAUCCCGCCCAUCGCCGCCCGCCUCCAGAUGUCCGAGCGCAGCAUCCUUAGCCGCCUGGCCAACAAGGGCAACGAGACGCAGACCGCCCCGGCCUUCCCACCGGGCCCAUACGCCACCCCCCAGAGCUUCGGGGGCUCCUUCAGUGCCGGAGCCCUGCCCACGGGGGGGGCCAACUACAGCCACAUGCCCGCCGGGUCCUUCAUCACAGCCGCCACCAACGGCCCCCCGGUUCUGGUGAAGAGGGAGCGGGACACCGACCCCCUGGAGAAGAAGGAGCCCCGGGCCGGCGAGGUGAUCUGUAUCGAUGACUGA